AUGGCGAAGCUAUUAAGUCAAGAACUACCAGAUAUCGAGAAUUUGCUUAAAUUGAAUCCGAAAAUCAAGCCAUACAGUAAUUUGGUUCCGUCAGCGCAAACGAAGAAAACUAAACAACAUUGGAAACGCAACACUGAUAGAAAGUGCACAACUUGUCCUUCACUAGAAAAUAAUUUUGAUGAUAUCAAACACACAACACUCUCAGAACGCGGCGCCCUCAAGGAAGCAGCGAGGUGUCUCAAAUGUGCUGACGCCCCUUGCCAGAAGUCUUGCCCAACGCAAAUAGAUGUUAAAAGCUUUAUUACCAGCAUUGCUAAUAGAAAUUACUAUGGAGCAGCUAAGGCGAUUUUAUCAGACAACCCUUUGGGUCUCACCUGUGGUAUGGUGUGCCCAACUAGUGACUUAUGUGUUGGUGGCUGUAAUCUUCAUGCAACAGAGGAAGGUGCUAUUAACAUUGGAGGAUUACAACAUUUCGCUGUUGAUAUCUUCAUGAAGAUGGGUAUCCCUCAGACCUUAGAUCCAAAUACAAAGACACUACCGAAAGGCGGCAAUCAGAAAAUAGCUCUGAUAGGUGGUGGACCUGCUAGCAUAAGCUGUGCAUGCUUUUUAGCUAGGCUUGGCUACCAGGAUAUUACUGUUUAUGAGAAGGAGCAGUACUUAGGAGGCCUAAGCUCGUCUGAAAUACCUCAGUAUCGUUUGCCCUAUGAUGUGGUGCAAUAUGAAAUUGAGCUUGUAAAGAACCUGGGAGUGAAAUUCGUUACUGGAAGGUCGCUAUCUACUAAAGACCUGACAGUGUCUGGAUUGUUAAAUGGAGGUCAUUCAGCAGUAUUCCUGGGCAUUGGUCUCCCAGAGCCAAAAAGUGUGCCUAUAUUCAAAAACCUGACGCAAGAAAUGGGCUUCUAUACUAGCAAAGAUUUUCUACCUCUCGUAUCUAAAGGAAGUAAAAGAGGUAUUUGUGCCUGCAAAGUCUCUCUACCUGAUUUACAUGGCAAUGUGAUAGUACUAGGAGCUGGAGACACUGCGUUCGAUUGCGCUACAUCAGCUUUAAGAUGCGGUGCCCGACGUGUUUAUGUUGUGUUUAGGAAGGGAUUCUCCAACAUCAGGGCAGUUCCCGAAGAGGUCGAUCUAGCUAAAGAAGAAAAAUGCGAAUUCGUGCCUUUCAUGUCACCACGCGAGGUUAUUGUACGCGACGGGAAGAUAGUAGCUUUAAAGAUGUGUCGUACUGAACAACUAGAAGACGGUGAAUGGAUAGAAGACGAAGACCAGGUAAUGCAGCUCAAAGCAAACUUCAUCAUCUCUGCAUUUGGUUCUGGAUUGUAUGACAAAGAUGUGAAAGAAGCUAUGUCCGGUGUAAAACUAUCACGGUGGGGGUUACCGGAAGUGGACAGCAGCACGCUUCAAAGCUUGUCAGAACCUCGCGUGUUCGUGGGAGGAGAUCUAGCUGGUCUGGCCGAAACCACUGUUGAGUCUGUUAAUGAUGGGAAAACCGCUGCGUGGUUUAUGCACUGUUACUUACAGGGAAUUCCGUUUGACUCUCCCGUGGAACUGCCCAAAUUCCACUGUCCUAUAGACGACGUUGACCUAUCGGUCGAGGUGUGUGGAAUAAAGUUUGAGAACCCGUUCGGUUUAGCAAGCGCUCCGCCCACCACGAGCUCAGCUAUGAUCCGACGCGCCUUCGAACAGGGAUGGGGCUUCGCUGUCACCAAGACUUUUGGCUUAGAUAAGGAUAUAGUAACAAAUGUGUCUCCUCGUAUCGUACGUGGUGUUACUUCAGGUGAAAACUACGGUCCAGGGCAGGGUUCCUUCCUCAAUAUCGAACUAAUUUCAGAGAAGAGUGAAGCCUAUUGGUGUCAAAGCAUUAGGGAAUUAAAGAGAGAUUUCCCAACUAAGGUGAUAAUAGCUUCAAUAAUGUGUUCAUAUAAUGAAGCAGAUUGGAUUGAAUUAGCGCAAAAGGCGGAAGCUUCCGGCGCAGACGCACUGGAAUUGAACUUGUCUUGUCCACAUGGUAUGGGCGAAAGCGGCAUGGGAUUGGCUUGUGGGCAGGAUCCCGUACUUGUAAAAGGUAUAUCGGAGUGGGUUCGCAAAGCAAUUAAAAUCCCGUUCUUCGUCAAAUUAACACCCAACAUUACUGAGAUUGUCACUAUUGCUAAAGCAGCUUAUGAAGGUGGUGCAAGCGGUGUGUCGGCUAUCAACACAGUAUCUGGCCUCAUGUCCGUAAGAGCUGAUGCAACGCCCUGGCCAGGCGUCGGUAUAGAAAAGAAAACAACAUACGGCGGUGUAUCUGGGAAUGCUACAAGGCCGAUGGGUCUACGCGCCGUGUCAUCCAUUGGGAACAAACUUCCCGGUUUUCCGAUAUUGGGAAUUGGUGGAAUAGAUUCAGCUGACUCAGCGUUACAGUUCAUAUUGUGUGGAGCGCCCGUCGUUCAGAUUUGCAGUGCUGUGCAAAACCAGGACUUUACACUGGUCGAAGACUAUAUCACUGGCUUGAAGGCUCUUUUGUAUUUGAGGUCCAGAGGGCUGGAUGGAUGGGUUGGGCAAUCACCGCCUUCGUUUAAACAUCAAAAAGGCAAACCGGUCAAAACUUUGUAUGAUGAUGAUGGAAAGGUCCUGGCUCACUUUGGACCGUACCAGCAAAAACGCGAAGAAAUCCUCCACUCGGUACGAGAAACAUCUGAUCUAUUAAAUGAUAAAUUAACGCCAGGUCAACCCAUUGGUGCUGUUAAUGGUUGUCCUGAAGUCCCCAAAAUCAAGGACGUAUUGGGUUUGGCUUUACCGAGGAUUGGAGCAUACAAACAGUUGGAUAAUACUAGACAAGUGGUUGCGUUAAUUGACGAUGAUAUGUGCAUCAACUGUGGAAAAUGUUAUAUGGCUUGCGCAGAUUCCGGAUAUCAAGCAAUCGAGUUUGAUGCUGAAACCCACAUACCACGUGUUACUGAUGAUUGCACAGGCUGUACUUUAUGUCUGUCCGUGUGUCCAAUUAUUGACUGUAUUUCAAUGGUGCCGAAAAAGAUACCUCAUAUUAUCAAGAGAGGCAUACACUACCAAGUACAUCCUGUAUCCCCAUUAGAUGGAGUGUGCCAAUAA